UGGACCGAGUUCUGUUCAGCUUCACAAAGGGUCAUGUAUUCCAUGUGGCUAUAUUCCCUGAUUCAGUGUGUAGUAGCGGUGCUGGUGAUUGGAGUCAGUGUGAGGUUGUGCUUGGCUGCUGGCUGUGCUGCAGCUGGUCCAGGAACUAGACGCUGGAGCACAUCUGCAUGCCUGAAGCUCUGCCUCGGCUUGGUCGGGUCAGUGGGCAGUAUUGUGGAUGCUCCUGUGUCUGUGCUGUUGAACCUGAGGAGCUCCCAGUGCCUGUACACCUGUAUCGCUAUGGUCUCCUGCCCCCUCCUGCUCAGACAAUUCACCAUGUGCCUUCUGCUUCUACUUACCCUUAAUACACACCUGCAGAUCCGCCUGGGGAACAGAUAUGCAGGCUUAGUGACUCGUAGGCGGGUUUUGUGCUCCGCGCUGCUCUGCUGGGUCAUUUCAGUGAUCAUCGCCUUUGGCCAGUUCAUCGUUUCCAGCUCUUCUGACACCUGGGGAGCUGCUGAGGAUGGCGAUACAGCUGGACUGGGGAUGGAUGAAUGGCCUGAAGCCAAUUAUACCACCCCUGCCCUCCCUCCCAAACGCCCCUACCCACAGGAUCGCUCUGUAAUCGGGCAGUUCUUGCCUUAUGGAGGAUUUCUGUCCAAGUUCCUGGUGGAGGACAAUGAGAAUUUCACAUAUGCGGAGAUCCACGGCAGCCAUUGGGGCGUCUGUGCCCCCGACACCACGCUCAGUCCAGUCUUCAUGGUGUAUGUUUAUGCUGUCACCGUGCUUGUUAUCCCUUUGUUGGUUCUGUUGGGUGUAUAUCUGGACUUGAUGUGUUUCAUGCCACAGCAGGUUCCAGGGUUUUCUCAGAAACGAAGCUCAGUGCGGUCUCGCUCAUUGGCUCUCUCUGUUUCUCUACUAGUAAUGCUUUGCCUGCCCCUGCACAUCACCCACGCUUUGUUACUCUUCGCCCCGAGUGCUGCUAGACCCAGCUGGAUCUCUCUGACGGCCUCUGUUCUCUUCCAGAUGUAUAGCCUAGUGCCCCCUCUUCUCUUCACCAACACCUCUCAGCAGGUAGGCUUCGAGUGCUCCUUGUUAUCCGCACCCAACCUGACCUCGAGGGUUAUCUCCUCUCGAGUCAAAUCUGUGGGGAGUGCUUUCCGUUCAGUGGAAGAUUUCAGUCACCCUGGACCGACACUGAAAGCCAAAGCUUCUCCAGAGAUGUGAUGGGAUGUCAUGUGAAGAGGGCACUUGCACCAAAAGUUAUCUGUAGAGUCCUUGCAUGGGUUAUAUGAAAUUAUUGAGUAAAACUAAUCCAAUUCUAGCUCAUGGCAGAUGCCAGGCUUUCUGCAGUGUAUUUGCUUUGGGGUCGAUCCAUGUCAUUUCAGAUUGAAUUAAAGAAGUGUGUUGCUGCACAACGAUUUUCUUCAUACUUUUUUUGUGUUUUUAUAUGAAACCUAAAACUAAAGUAUGAAUAAAAUGGUCUUUUUUUUUUUUUAGCCCCCUGAAAUUAUUAUACACCUAUGUGCCACGUUUCUCCAAAAUGCAUCCAUUUAAAUAGAGCUAAUGACUGUAGUCAUUUGUUAUAUUUAAAUGAGCACUUUAUUUAUUCACAAUGAAGUCUUUCCGAUUGGUGAUUUCAAACUCUAUUGUUAUUCGUAUUUGCUGUUUGACCGCUUCAUAUCUGCUAUUUGAUGCUGUGAUUCACAUAUUCUGUCUUAUAUAGUGUGACGAAUGGAUUUAAAGCAAUGUAAACUGCACCUUGCUGCAUUGUUUUCUUCAGAAAAACAUCUCUCCUGUGAUUUUCUGAGCGUGUGUUGAGAUCUUGUGCUGCUGCAUUAAAGUAUGCAAUAGGUUGAGCACAUUUUCAUAUAAGGCUGACAUUUAAUUGUGAAUCACAUAAAUGACAUAUUUUGAAACCAAAAUUAUGAAUCUGCAGUAAGGUGACAAGUUUGAAGUAAAUAUUUCACUUAUAAAAUCAUGGAGCGUGAUAAUCUAGGGUAAAAAUAGGCUAUUGUUGCAUUUUUUACAAGUUGCAUUAUGUGCAGAAAGUCCCAUCUGCAGAAAACAAUCUGAUGGAAUGUUUACAUGUCUAAGCUGAUAUUAUCAAACGUUUCCACCAUGAAAUUUCAGUCAUAUGUGGUCAGUUUAUUCUAAUUAACAUAGUUGCAUGAAACAUUUUCAUUCUGACUGGGCGAAAUGAGUGCCUAAAAUUGAGCAAAAUAUUGUUCCACACGUGACUAAAAUUGUAACAUCUCACAUUCUGCUCAUGGACUUGCAAAUUUGACGAAGCCAAUCAAGACUUUGGCUUUAAGAUCAAAACACAUUUAUUUGUAUCCUUGGUGUUUUUGAUUAAGGCCACAAUACCACCCACGUCUAAAAAGUUUUCACUUUUUUCCAACUUUAGGGGCCAAUUAUGAAAAUACUUGAACUCAGCAGGGACACUGAGCCAUUUGGAUUUGAAGGAAACAAGUUUGUGUAUGUAUCUUCCAAUUCCUGUGAGGCUAGCAAUCAUAAUUCUUGAGUUAUCAUACCCUGAACAUGGCUUCCCAGAUAAGACCUUUUUUUGGCUUGGAAAUAAUGAAUUCUUCAGGGGGCUGAAAAAUUAGAUUGUUACAAUAUGCAAGAAAUAUCCUUCAGACCUUAGUUUUAUGUCACCAACAACAAAUAAGCAAUCUAUGGUGCAGAAACAAACCCUUCCGAUUGAACAUGUAAUGAAUCAUUAGAAAGCACUUUGUAAAUUCCUGUUAUGUGGCACAAAUGGUCCAAUAAAUAUUCCAUUGCUGCCAUGUUUAAUCCCAGUGAUACUCCAGGAUUAACGGUGAAAUGAUUUUACCAACAAUCUCAGAACACUGUUAUAUGAAUACAUCAAUAUGGUUGCAUACGUAUACAUAAUUAAAUAUAGUACAUUAAAAUGUGUCCCAUUAAUGUUGAAACCCCGGCGCAGGCUUUUGGUUUGAUCUGAAUGUUUAAUUAUAACAACUAUAAUAGCAUAUCAAGUGGGAGAGACUGUUGAAUGCAUCGAGAUAAUUAACCACUCAAUAACUCCCAGGGAAAACAGGAUUCCAUUGCUGUUUUGAUUAAAUGCGUACUUCUUAUGUGCAGCUCGAAUAAAAGACGUGUUUCACACUAAUUGGAUUAUUCUUUUUGCUCACUUGUGCCAGUGCUGGUGUAAGAAAUGACUCCUUUUGUAUCUGAAUAUUUGUGUUGUGAUCUCCGUGUCUUCCUCUCCCUCCUCGGCGUCUCACUCCCCCAGUCCACCCAUUAUCCAUCCAAGUUUCAAGCAUGAAAUCCUCCAUCUAAUGUUACUUUCCCGACUUUGAUUUGCCUGGCGCUUUUUCCUUUCUUGAUCAUUGUCUUCCACUCAUUUUUCUUGCAAAUGCUUUUCUCUCUCAUUAAAGUCUGCACUAACCUCCAAAGCCGAGGUGAAUUAUUGAGUGAAGCUGGACUGUCAGAAAGGAAAAACAAGUAAAAGCUCUCCCCAACCCCAGAGCCCAUUCGAUUGUUUUCUCCGCUCGAAAGCCUUUAGCUUCCUGCCGAUAUGACAAUCUUUCAUCACUAAAGCGGCUUCAGUCAAUUCAUCGCACCUGCUGUAGUCCACAUCCUCUUGAAUGGGGUCAUUACAAGGAGCUGGGAAGCUUCAAAUCCGUCAUGCACAGAAUGUAACAGUUUAUCGUCCUUGGAUAAAGCCGAAGGAAAGUUUGACGCGCUGUUUGACUAGCAUAUGCUUUAUUACCCAUGGAUCUGCCUUUGAGAUGCCCGCCGAGGUCCUGUAAACAAAAUUACAAGAGAUUGAUGAAGUUCAGAUGAAGUCUACAGCUGUCAUUUUUCAUUUGAACUCUGCGUUUGGAGUUUGCUGGCUCACUGAAGCGUUGAUCGCUUCGCAGAAACCCCAAAAUUAGCAACUGAUCAUGAAGCAUUUCUACUCGUACUAAAAGGAAAUUGCUAGCAUAUGUCCUUCUUUAUCUAAGAAGCUGCUCAAAGCCAGCAGAACAGCAGGUAACGCAGUGUGCGCUUUGAUUGCCAUGUGACAGUUAGUGUUUAUGACAGGCUUCUGCAGAGCCUCUCCAUCAAUAGAGGACAAACACAUCGAUCAGUCAUCCUCCCCUCGGCUUUUAAACGUAGAGCCACCCCUCCCGGAGCGCUCAGCAAGUGACUUCUGACACAAUUGUAUAUUGAUUGCAGUGGAAUAAUGGAGGAGUCCUAUUUUAAUGCACCUGCUUUCUCUCUUUGGUGUCUCUGCUCUUUUGUCAUAGUAGCCUUAUGAUUCAUCAUCUCAGUCACACAGCUUUCAUCUCUGCUG